GUCGUCUCGCUAUUUCCUUUUGAUCGCCAUCUUGGUCCAAGAACAAGAUGCCUCAACCAGUAUGCAGUAAAACCUACAGUACACCAAGGCGGCCCUUCGAGAAAGAGCGUCUGAACCAAGAAUUAAAGAUCAUUGGAGAGUAUGGACUCCGAAACAAGCGCGAAGUAUGGCGUGUGAAGCUGUCCUUGGCUAAAAUCCGUAAGGCAGCUCGAGAGCUUCUUACUUUAGAAGAGAAAGACCCUCGUCGUCUCUUCGAAGGAAACGCUCUUUUACGUCGUCUUGUACGUAUUGGAGUGCUUGAUGAGAGCAGGAUGAAGCUCGAUUACGUUUUGGGUCUUCGUAUCGAGGAUUUCUUAGAAAGGAGGCUUCAGACACAAGUGUUCAAACUUGGAUUGGCUAAGUCCAUCCACCAUGCCCGUGUCUUGAUUAGGCAAAGACACAUUCGUGUCCGCAAGCAACUUGUCAAUGUCCCAUCCUUCAUUGUGCGUCUGGAUUCACAGAAGCAUAUAGAUUUCUCUCUCAACUCUCCAUAUGGAGGUGGACGACCUGGUCGUGUAAAGAGAAAGAAUGCCAAGAAGCACAAGUCAGGUGGAUCUGGUGGUGAGGAGGAGGAAGACGAAGAUUAGACCUGAAUGAAAGCCUGUUUCUAUCAAAAGAGCAGUGUUUUAAAAAUGCAACUCAAAAUCUUUGCAGAAUAAAAGUAAAAUUAUUGAAAUGCU